ACCUGAAUCAGAGGUCACGUGUUUGUCAGUAUUUUUUAUUAUUAUAAUAAGGAAAACGCUAACCGGUGCCCCAGGCACUGGUUAAGUUAACUAAAGAUAGUAAUAUUAUGUUGAAACUUGUGAAAUCAACAUUUUAAAGUUUAAUUUUUUGUUUUUUCAAUGCAAUUUUUUUUUUCUUUUUCUUUUUAGUACCUUAACUAGUAUCCGGGGUACUGGUUAUCAUAACCCUUAUGAUAAUAAGGGUUCCCAAAAAUUUCAAUUUUCCUACUACAUUAUAAAAAGGCCUUGUGGAGAUGCCUCUUUCUUUCAGAACCUCAUUCUCUUUUUACAGAUCCUUAUUUCUCUUCUCAUUUUUACCCCAAAAUCAAAUUCCAUAUAAAAUUGUUAGUAAUAGCUUUCAUACAAAAACAAGAAGGACUCCAUUUCUCUUAACCAUGGCUCCCCCUUCAAUUUUAAGGGACAGUGAAGAAGGUUCUGAAAGUGAUAUAGGUGAAAAUAAUCAACCUGAAAUCAAUUGGGAAGGACUUGGAUUUAGUUUGGUUCCAACAGAUUACAUGCAUGUCAUGAAAUGUGCAAAAGGAGAAAAGUUUUCACAAGGAACCCUUAUGCGCUAUGGAAAUAUUGAGCUAAGCCCAUCUGCUGGUAUCUUAAAUUAUGGACAGGGAAUCUUUGAGGGACUAAAAGCAUAUAGGACAGAAGAUGGACGUAUACUUCUAUUCCGACCAGAAGAGAAUGCUCUACGGAUGAAGAUAGGGGCUGAUAGGUUGUGUAUGCCAUCUCCAUCAGUUGAGCAGUUUGUUGAUGCUGUUAAACAAACAGUUAUUGCCAAUAAACGUUGGGUACCUCCUCCAGGGAAAGGAACGCUUUAUCUUAGGCCAUUGCUGAUGGGAACAGGAGCUGCAUUAGGUGUGGCUCCAUCACCUGAGUACACAUUUCUCAUUUAUUGCUCCCCUGUUGGAAACUACCACAAGGGGGGACCGCUAAACUUAAAAGUUGAGGAUAAAUUUUAUAGAUCAAUAGCUGGCAAUGGUGGAACAGGAGGAAUCAAGAGUGUUACUAAUUAUGCCCCGGUAUAUACUUCAACAACUGAAGCAAAAGCCAAUGGAUUCUCUGAUGUAUUGUUCUUGGACUCUGCCACUGGAAAAAAUAUUGAGGAGGUUACUGCAUGCAAUAUAUUUGUUGUCAAGGAAAAUGCGAUCUUCACUCCGGCAAUAGAUGGAGCCAUUCUGCCUGGGAUCACACGGAAAACCAUCAUAGAAAUCGCCAUUGAUUUAGGUUAUAAGGUCAUGGAACGUUCCGUAUCGGUGGAGGAAAUGAUGAAUGCUGAUGAAGUAUUCUGCACAGGAACUGCAGUGGUUGUUACCUCUGUUGCAUCUGUAACAUACAAAGAAACAAGAGCUGAAUAUAAAACAGGACCGGAAACGUUGUCUGAAAAACUAAGAGGAAUACUGGUUGGAAUACAAACAGGGUGUCUUGAGGACAAAAAGUCAUGGACAGUUCAAGUAGAUUAAGCAAUUAAUUUGUGUUUACCACAGAUAUGUUUAUCACAAUGGAACUCUGUACCUGCUCUGAGUCUAAAUUUCCAUUGUAAACCAAACUUAGAACAUCAAGUUAUUUGCUGCAACUUGCAUGGUGAAUCUGCAUUGUGUGGUAGUAACUCUGAGAUAUUAGUUUUUCCUUUGUAGCCUGUAGCAACCAAAAAUUGUUUGCACAUUACUUUUGUUAUUCCUUUUUUAGGCAUUUAAUGCUCUCUCUUUUUUACUGGAUUUA